AUCCAUUCAAGAGAAAAAUUAUGUUAUUUGUGCUGAUGCCCAGCUCUUUAAAGCUCAUGUAAGUGGCAGAAUUACUGCAAUAUAGUAUCAACAGUGAGUGUCAGAAAACACAGUGUUGCAGUAUUUUUAAAGUGUCUACAAGAUUUCCCCAUCAUUCAUACUGCUGCAGUCUCAUCAGUAUUAUCACCAACUGCAUUAAGAGUUUAUUCAUGCAAGGUUCUACAAAUGUGUAUCACCAUGUGCUGCACUAAAUAAUUCCCAUACUCAUGUAUUUUAAGGAAUAUGUAUUGAAUAAGUUUCUUAAUAAUAUUUUAUUGUAAUAUAAAUUUUGUUAACCUGUAUUGAUAUAUUGGGAUACUUGAGUACUUAUGUAAUCAGUCAUAAAUAUUUCUUAUGUACAUUUGUUCUGACAGCAAGAUAUAUAACUCUAGAACUUUUUUUUAAUAAAAGAUUAGUUAAUAAGUAUAAAACAAUAAGUACACAAAAAUAAGAAAUGUCACUAUGAAUGCCAUGUAUGCUUUCUGUUUUCUGGAAUUAGAUUCGUAGGAUUCUUAUUGACUGUAUUACCUUUCUACAUUACAUAAUUAUUUCUUCAGGCUUCAUUUACAUCUCAUUCUUAAUAAAAGGCAGGUUUUUUCUGGAAUACAUUAUUACCCAGUACCCUUAUUGGCUUGUAAUGUGUGUUUGUGAAGCUCUUUUGAAAAUACUAGUUUUCAAUGAAUACAAUGAUUGGUCUAGUGGUAAAUAUAUGAAACUUUCAUGAAAUAUUGACUGAUUACCUUAGCAUACUAGUAUUUACAUUACUUUUAACAUCAGUAAAUCCAAACCCUCGUUUUAAUAUUUACGUAAAUUAUAACAGUAAUAAAUGUGACAAAAAAUUUUCCAUGAAUAAUUUAUAGACAUGUCAUCUGAAUAGCAUAUCCAAUAUGUAUCUAUAACCUGUGUUGACAGGUAAAAUACAUGUAUUUUUAAAUCAUAUACUAAUGUGCAUGAUAUAAGCACAUAGAAGCAAUAAUUUCACUACACAGUAUUUUCGUCUGGAUUUGCUCCUACAUACAGCAUUAAGUAUAGCCAAAAGACUUUAAAUAAAUCAUAUAAAAUGCAUCAUUUAGGAGAUAAUGCGAAUGAAAAACCACAUCAGUGUCCAGUAUGUCUAAAAGAUUUUUCACACAAAGCUCAUCUAAUAUGUCACAUGAGAUUUCAUACAGGAGAGAAACCAUUUCAGUGUUCAAUAUGUUUCAAAGAUUUUUCACAAAAGUCAUAUCUUAUUGAACACACAAAAAGUCAUACAGGAGAAAAGCCAUAUCAGUGUUCUGCAUGUCUAAAGUACUUUACACAUAAAGCACAACUAAAAAUUCACAAGAGGGUUCAUACAGGAGAGAAACCUUAUCAGUGCUCAGUGUGUUUCAAAGAUUUUACACAAAAAUCACAUCAGAUAAUUCAUAUGAAAGUUCAUACAAUAGAGAGGCCAUAUCAGUGUACAAUGUGUCUAAAGAGCUUUAAACAUAAAUCAACUCUAACUCUUCACACAAGAUCUCAUACAGGGGAGAGACCAUAUAGGUGUUUUGAAUGUCUAAAGGACUUUACGCAGAAAUCAAAACUAACGGUUCAUAUGAGAAUUCAUACGGAAGACAAACCAUUUCAGUGUUCAGCGUGUCUAAAGACCUUUAAGCAAAAACAUAAUCUAUUACUUCACAUGAAAAUUCAUACACAAGAGAAGCCAUUUCCUUGCUCAACAUGUUUAAAAGAGUUUUCACGAAAAGCGCAUUUACUAGAGCACAUGAGAACACAUACAGGUGAAAAACCCUAUCAGUGUUCAGUGUGUCAGAAAAGAUUUUCACACAAUGCAAACCUUAUUCAUCACAUGAGAGUUCAUACAGGGGAAAAACCAUUUAAAUGUUCAGUGUGUCUGAGAAACUUUUCUCAAAAAGCAGAUCUAAUAAAACACCUGACAAUUCAUACAGGAGAGAAGGUAUACCAGUGUUCUGAAUGUCUCAAAAACUUUUCACGUAAAGCUCAUCUUGAAAGUCACAUGAGAGUUCAUACAGGUGAGAAACCAUAUCAAUGUUCAGAGUGUCUUAAAGGCUUUUCACAUAAAACAAAUCUAAUAACUCAUUUAAGAGUUCAUAUUUGAGUCUAACUAUAAAAUGUUCAGUUUCCCAAAGAUUUCUUAAUAAAACUGUCCGAUAUAAAAUGUCAGAAUUUGUAGCAAUGAAUAUAUACUCUCAAGUUAACAGUGCCCCUUAAUUUUUCCUCAUUUGCUUUUAAAGAUCUUCAAGCAAUUUAGAUUGGGUGCAACUUAGUCCAUUCUUGAAAAUAAUCUUAACCCCCACAGUACAUUAUGGGAAGCACAUAUCCAAUUCUGCAUAUGGUGCCAUAGCAAGAAACAUAAUUUAAACGAAAGUCUAAUAAAGUGAUAGUAAUGACAGUGUGAUUUCACAAAAAUAAGGAAUCUACAGUAUUAAAAUACAGUGGACCCCCAGUUAACGAUAUUUUUUCACUCCAGAAGUAUGUUCAGGUGCCAGUACUGACCGAAUUUGUUCCCAUAAGGAAUAUUGUGAAGUAGAUUAGUCUAUUUCAGACCCCCAAACAUACACGUACAAACGCACUUACAUAAAUACACUUACAUAAUUGGUCGCAUUCGGAGGUGAUCGUUAUGCGGGGGUCCACUGUACAAAGCAUUUGAUGCAAGAUCUGCUGUCUCCUUAACCUCAUGCAUGCCUAAGCACAUUUCUCCAGAGGAGAAGGAAUUUACAUCAUUAUAUGACAGUGAUUGCAAAAGUGAUGAUGAGAGAAAUAAUGAGGAAUAUAACCUGAUGGUGAUGCAAGUGACUCACUUUUCUAAGGCCUGGUAAAUGCUUUCCUGGGUCCAUUCCUGCUACAGAAAACUUGAAACAUUCUCAGAAAGGUUAUAUAUGCACUCACACACAAAUAUAGCAAAGAUAGUGUAAUGACAGAAUUUAUGUAAGAUAUCUAAUGUGGCAUUAUGCACUUAUCUGUUUGUCAAUAGGUUUAGUGCUUGUUUUUAAUAAUACAUAAUAGUAAUAAUAUCCAAGUUUCAUGGAUUACUAUACCCCGAAACACAUCAUAUAUAUAUAUAUAUAUAUAUAUAUAGACAUGUAUAUAUAUAAGAAAACUUGUAUACGUAUUGUGUAAAUGCAUAAUUUUGGGGGGGAAUGAAAAGAGUUGUUGAAUUUGAUGUAAGAACACUGCAACCUAGUCAUCACAAGCUAUGAUUUCUCUGCCGGUGAAGACUGAGCUUUAAAUCUGUAACAUUUUAGCAUUCCAUAUCGGCAAGGAUUUAGUAUAUCCCUAAUUUCCUUGUACAGUGGACCCCCGUUUAACGAUAUUUUUUCAUUCCAGAAGUAUGUUCAGGUGCCAGUACUGACCGAAUUUGUUCCCAUAAGGAAUAUUGUGAAGUAGAUUAGUCCAUUUCAGACCCCCAAACAUACACGUACAAACGCACUUACAUAAAUACACUUACAUAAUUGGUCGCAUUGGGAGGUGAUCGUUAAGCGGGGGUCCACUGUAUAUUGUUAUUUAGUCUUUGUUGUUCUGCAAGUGCAUUUGAGAAAUAAUUAAGUUUUUUAGGUUGUACACAGUUUAAGGGCUUUUAAAAGGUACAAAACUAACUUUUAAAUCCAAUAAGGCAUUUGAGAAAUUAUGCUACAUGUGUCCCUUGUGCUGUAGAUGUGUCCCAAGCCCAUGGUAGCUGUAGUAAGAUCAGUCAUGCCAUGAACACUAACUAUAUGCCCUAAUAUAGCUACUGAACAUCACAUAUCCAAAAUGGGACAUUGCAUAAUAGUGAAUUAGUAGAAAGUAAGGGAAGAAUUGCAUGUUUAAGAAGGACUGUUUACAAGAUAAUAUUUAGUAGAACCUGGAAAUUCAUAUAGAAUAUAUGUAUAAGUAUUCAUUAUGUUCAGAUUAUUUUUACAGCAAGGGCAGUUUAAAGUUCCACUUGAAAUUUAAUAAUGGCCCAGGAUGCACUGAAUCUUUGUACAAUAUUCUUUUUCCAUUUUUUGGCUUGUGUUCUAGACAACAUGUCAACAUUUGUUUUAGGAAUCAGUACCACAGAUCAACUAAUAAAUAAAGUUUUUUUUAUGAUCCUUAGUUUCUAUGGUUUUGUUCUUAGAAGCAGCAAAACCUAAUUAAAUACCAAUACUGCAGUAUGAAGAAGAAUUAAGCUUAGGUCUGAAGUAUUAGGCUGCAGGUUGACUAACUGUUCUACUGUUGAAAGUUUAAUGUAGUGAGUCAUUCAAUUUUUUUUCCAUUUGAAGACAAUUCUGUGGAAUUUACAUGCAUUUCUAUUUCUUGAGUCAAAUGUCUACCCUGAUCCCGUUCUCAGCUAUGAAAGGUACUGUACAGUAGUGACUCUUAGCUAAAAUAUUAUGCAUUUCAGCAGUGCAGUAUUGUUUAUUAGUUACAGUCAUCUUUUUUUACUUGGUUCAGUGAUGUUUCUCAGAUGUUUGUAAUCUGAAUGUGACUACAGUAAGCCCUUGAAUAACUGAAUCUUAAUAUAAUGGACUUUUAAAAUAAUGGGAAGAAUCCUCGUAUGUAAAUUGUACUUUUAGAUCCUUUAUUUUCAAUGUUUAUUACAGUAUACAUAAAUUUUGUGGACUUUACUAUAUUAGGCAUAUUACUGGAAUACUUAAAUACCUUUUUAUGAUGUUUUAACAUUAUUCUAAUUUAAAGAACACUUGGGCAGUCUUCUCAAUUAGUUAAUUUUAUUAUGGGUUUACUAUAUGUAUAGUUAUAUUGUGCUGUAUAACUAUAAUUUCUUACUUGGCUUGAAAUGCUACAAUUGGUCUUGCAAAAAAUGUCAAGCUCAUAUGUAUGUGUUUAGUCUCUAAUUUUGUAAAGUUUAAAUAUCACAAUAAACUGAAGUAAUCCCUCUCAUCACAUGGGCAUUAUGUUCCAGAAAACCAGCAUGUAAUGUUUGUAUAACCCUUUGGUGCUUAUUUUGAUUAUAUUAUUAUUGAGCCAUUCAACAAACAGGGCCUUUGUUGUCCCUUACCUUGUUAAACCACCAAAUAAUGGGCAAACAAGUUUUGUUUUUAACUUUCAGUGCACAGGGAUUUUCUACACACUAAAUGGCUUGCAUUUGCACAUAGAAGCAAGCUCAAGUGAUCCUUGUCUGCCUUGAAACUAGAUUUAAAAUUUUCUUGCUGCUAGUGUUGAUGGCAGGAUUAUACUGUUUUCAGAAAUAAUUUCCACAAAGUUGGCCUGAUAACUUCCAGCAGUUGUGUAAUCAACUCGUGCACUCUCACUGCUAAAAUUUAUAUUAUGAAACCAAUUUUGUUUAUAAUGUUCCUUUAAACUGUCCAGCACUAAACUCGUACUGUUGUAAAAACUCUCUCUCUCACAGUUUUAUAGAAGGGUAAGGCUUAGCAGCUUACUUUCUGAGCACUGUUUUUUCAUCAGCCCAUACAUCAGUAACUUUUCUAUCUUAGCUCCAUUGAUUUUUCUGACAUUUUCAGCAGGUGAUAAUCAGCAUCAUUUAUGACAGUCUCCUAUUUUCUUCUCAUUGUCUCAUAAUCCCCAUCACAUGUGAAUUAUCUCAAAAACAAUAUCCGAAUUUCCACUUUAUUCAGUACCACCAUAGAUUCACAUUUAUUCAUCAUUUCGGUACCUCCAUCAUUCAUUCUAGUCCUCUUAGGUGCUAUGGGUAAUAUCCAGUUAAGUUGGUUUGCAUGAAUGUUAAAGUUUAAAAUCUUUGACACUUACAACUUGGAUUAUGAUUAUGACAUUUUGUAAGACAAUUUGUUAUAAUGUUGGUAGUAGUUAUUACUUAUGUUGAAAUAAAUUGGUAAUAGUGCUAACAAUAUGAUGCUUGUAUGAUAUAGAUAAAUGACACUGCUUAUUGAUAAAUUAGACUUUAACAUAAUUAGUCUUUACAGAAUUUAGGUUGAAAAUUUUUGAAGCAAGUGAUGGAGUGGAAACAUUUUACAUAUUCUGGAAAGGAGUUCCAAAUUUUAGGGCCCUUUAUUCACACUGAGUUCUUAGACAAGCUGAAUCGAACAUGUGAUAUGUCAAAGUGGUACUUGUUUCUUUCUCUGCAUCUGUGUGUUCUGUUGCAGCUCUCCAGGAAGAGUGGGAGUGCUGUGUUGGAGAUCGUAUUGUCCUAUAUAUACCCUAUAGAAUGCACAGAAGUAGGUGUGAAUGUUUAGUUAGGUGAGUAAAUUAAGACUUGAGUAUUAGUACCUUGUCUGAAACUCUAUUGGGUGACUAUUCUAAUAACUGAUUUAUGUUGAGUAACAAUAGGUUUUAGGUGUUUACUGUUGUGGAUCUCCAAGCACAGAUACCAUAAAUGAGGCAAUAGAGAGUAAUAUUGUUUGAGGAACAUAGUGUAGUUUUGAUAGAAUGGCCACAGUUUUGAAAAUUUUCGUACAAGGUGCUAUCAAAAAGUUCUAAGACUUGAAUUUUUGCACACCACCUGUGUGAAAUAUAAUGGUAGUGUAGAGCACCUUGCACAGUACACUUCUUUGUGAAGUAGCAUGGUGAGUUUGUGUGGUCAUUUAUUCUGUUGAGGUUAGAUGGGCAUUUUUUGUCUUGUCAGCAAGUUGUUGCAUUUUUUUGAUGUAACAAAAUAGAAUCUUUGAAAGAACAUCAUAUGUGUGUGUAAUUCUGUUUCAAGCUCUGUAAAAUGGUUAGUGAAACUCACAAAAUGCUUCAACAAGUAUUUGGUGAAGCAAUGGUUUUCUCGAUUCAGAGAAGGCUGAACAUCAGUUGAAGAUGAUGAACACAUUGGUUGUACAUCAAUAGCAAAAACAGAUGCCAAAACCGAAAAAGUGAGGAAGGUUAUUCACAAAUAUUGUUGUCAUAGUAUCUAAGACACUGCAAGUGCUAUGGUAAUUUCUUACGGGUCAUGUCAAAGAAUUUUGACUAAAAAUUUGAAAAUGAGGCGAGUGAUUCACCAUGACAAUACCCCUGCUCACACAGCACUGUCUGUUCAGCAUUUUCUAACUAAAAACAACAUGGUAAUCAUACCCCCACCCUCCCUACUUCCCAAGUCUAAUCUCCUGGGAUGUCUUUCUCAUCCCAAAAAUAAAAAUGACACUUAAAAAGUGGCAUUUUAUCAUGGAAGAGAUUCAAGCUGAAUCACAGGCUGUGCUAGAUACCACUAGAAAAGAAGAGUUCCACUGAGAUCAGCGUUUAGCUUCCCAUGGAGAGUGAUUUGAGGGAGACAGCUUCAAGUAGGUGAUUAGGUAAGCCUAUAUAUUUCUCCACGGCAGUUCAGGAACUUUUUUGAUAGCACCUCGUAUAUGCUGAAUGCGAGUGUUGAAUUUCAGGUUGCAGUCAAGGCAUACAUUCAAGAAUUUUCCCCUCGUCUUGUACUGUGUGAUAAUUAUGUAUUUUUAUACCAAAAUGAAUAAUUUUAACCUUACUACCAAACAACAUACAGAAGAUCUUGUCAAUAUUGGGGAUAAGUUUGCUGGUAACCAUCCUGGUAGAAAUCUUUGUGAGCUUGUCAUUGAGGAAAACUGGAUCAUGAUGUGAUUGACAAAUUUUGUGUCAUCUGCCAACAGAUCUGUGGUAAGUUCCUGGGAGGCAUUUGGUAGGCCAUUUAUGUAGAAGAGAAAUGAUAGAGGGCCAAGGACACUAACCUUUGGCACUCCUAUGUUGAUAAUUUAGGUAAAUGAGGAAGUGUUCUUGAUAAUCAUUUGUUUACGUUUCUUUGUAAGGUAGGACUAUGACAAGAGCAUGACCUCUGAUUCCAUAAUGCGUUUGUUUCACCAACAAGAUAUUGUGGUCUACAGUGUCAAAGCUUUGAUAAAUAAAGAGGCCCAGUGGAUAUUCAUUAUUUUCUAGAGUUGAAUAGACAAUUUAGCAUCUUUCGAAUAGCAUUAUUAACACUUUCCUAGCCUAAAGACAAAUUGGCAAGGGUUAUGAAUAUUUUGUUUAGCGAUAAAUGCAUGUACGUAUUCAUUUAUAUGUAUUAUCUUUUCAACGAUUUUUGAUAAUCAGGUUAAGUUAGAGAUUGGCCUUUCGUUGUUAAUAUUAGCUAGAUUUCCACCUUUAUUGGCUGGGGUAACUUACACAAGCUUAAUAUAUUUGGGAAAGUUUGGGUUUCAAGAGAUUUAUUAAACAGAGUUGCAGUAAUAGGUAAUGCCACAUAGGCGGCUCUUAUAUAUGAAUGGUGGAAUACUGCUUUACAUCCUGCCUUAUUUUUGAGCUUUUAGUAUCGAAGUCACCUACGAGUUACCUCCAUACCUCUGUACUAAGCAACAUCAUACAGUGAAAAUUUUUCUAUCUGCAUACAUUGGGACAGUACCCUCUCUGUGAAAAAAAUGUAUUUUACUAUCGUAGAUACAUUUACAAGAUGGCAAUUCUUCAUUCCUUAUCUGUUAAUAUUUUUUUCAGUAUUGUUACCUAUAAGUUGUGUGUUCCAUCUAAUGUACUUUGUUACUUAACGAACGACACAUGCAGAGUAAACUUUUAUUGUGUCAGAGUUUCAAUCCAGAACUAAGUCAAUGACCUGGUAAAGCUGUACAUGAAGUGAAACCUUGUGACAACAAAAGCUUGUUCUCUAACAGCGUCUUUUGUUUAUUACUUUAUGCUACUGUAUCCAGAGUGUUGCUGUACAUUAGUUAGUGUAUGUUUACUGGGCACUUGGUUGUUGGAAAAAGAAAUGGCGU